UGCCUGAGUCACCAUUAUUCAGCGUAGCGCAUCUUCCUCUUCUCUGUCCAGCAGUUUGUGUACGCUCCUUCGCGAUUUGAAGCAGAGAGAAAGAGAGGGAGAGUUGCUAGGGUUUUCGAUCGAUCAAAGGCUUCUUUAGUCAUGGUUCUCCUACAGCCAGACCCUUUUCUGAAUGAACUCACAAGCAUGUUUGAACGCAGCACUGAGAAAGGCUCUGUUUGGGUCACACUUAAACGAUCAUCAUUGAAGUCCAAAGUAAAAAGGAAUAAAACGGCAACUGCUGGUGAGCCCAUUGAGUAUAGGUGUCUUGUCCGUGCUACUGAUGGCAAGAAGACAAUCUCUACCUCAGUGGGAGCAAAGGACCAUCUGCGAUUUCAAUCCUCUUAUGCAACUAUUCUCAAGGCUCAUAUGACUUCUUUAAAGAAAAAGGAGAGGAAGGACAAGAAAAAGACUUUAGAUGCAGAUAAGAAAGAUGCAGCCUCUAAGAAGCCGAAGAGGGUGUAAGUGUAAACCCAUCUAGUUAGGCUGCUCUAUAAACUGGAAAGUUCCCAUCCCUCACUGAUUCCCUUUCCUGCAAAUGGAAGAUUACUGGGAUUCCCCACCUUUUUUCUUUCCCGGAAAUGUGAAAAGAUUAUUUUGAGUGUUAUAAAUUGAGCAGAGGUUGAGGAACAUGUCCUUUUUUU